AUGGCUCCCGCGGACAAGGCUGUUAGUACCAAGACCUUCGGCAUGGAAGCAUCAAAGUGGACCAAAUACCAGAUUCGCUCAGCGUCCGCCGCUAACCGAGAAGGUUUCGCCCAACAGAAAGAGACCUCCACGUCCGUUUCUCCUCUGGUUUCUCGGAAUAACAGCCGUGGCGGAAAUCCCCAGGCCGCUAAUGAGCCGUCUGCCAGGUCAAGGUAUGGCUCCGGCGCCGGCCUCGGCAACAGCCAGAGUUCACCCACCAAAGAAAACGGCCAUCCAUUUCCAGGUGCCAUCAAUGGCGAGAAGGCAUCUCUGCCCGCCCAGAAGCAGGAGGAAUAUCCGACCAUCUUCCUGUACAGCUAUGUGCAAUCCUACGCACCUUACCACGUCCAGAGGUGGAUCCCGCCCGCCCAGAUCUUCGACAUGACGUUUGACGAGUUGAAGGCGGUGCUGCCGCUCAAGCUCAUCGAGGGCCACAUCCUGACCUUCACCUUGUUCUCGGAGCCAACGGGGAUGAUGUACCGCGUCAGUACUGGCACCGACUCAGGAUAUGACUGGGUCAAGGAGAGGUUUCGCCAAGUUGUGAAAAACUUUAUUGAAAUCAGAGGAACGAGAGAUUUGCCCAACCUUUUCUACAUCCGGGUCGAAUAG